AUGCGACGUUUGUUGAAGAGAGCUUUGGAAUUAAAUAAAACAAGCGGAUGUGAAACAAAGAGUGCAGUAAGAAGUAAUGGUAAACAUGAGCGAUCGAUGCUAAUUCAGGCUGCCGUAGUUUGUGGAGUAAUGGAAAUUGAAAUUAUUUGUUUCCAUUUCCUUUUGAAGUUUGCAGUUAAAUUAGCUGGCAAGAAAGCUGAAAUUCCUGUCAAUAUUUUUAUCAAUUGUUACGCUAUUUUCAACAAUGUUGUAUUGCCAACUGUUAAUUUAAUUUUUGUCAAACGAUUUCGUACCUUCAUCAAACAUAUCUUUAAGAAACUACUAUUUAAUAUGACUAAAACAGAGAGAAUUAGAACUGCGAUAUCAAUUCAUUAG